UUUUAUACUUGAGAAAAUACGCCUCGUCUCCUUUCUUUCCCGUCUCCAGUCGCCCUUUACUAAUACAGAGUAAAGAAUAGAAACCAAAGCAAAACCCAAAAAUGGCGACGGCACUCGCAAACAGAGCUGCGCAAAAUCAAACUACUGGGCUAUUGAGACUCUCCUUCAACUUCUUCAGAAACCUCUCAACUGCGACUUCCACAGAAAAAACUGGCGCCUCCUCUUCAGCUUCCAAAAAGCCCAAGAGAAAAAAGAAGAAGAACCUCUUCGAGGUAGCUCAGUUCUUACCCAACUGGGGGCUUGGUUACCACAUGGCCAAAACUCAUUGGACUGAUGUUUCAUAUCAGAUCACCAAGAUCAAUCUUUAUAAGGAUGGAAGGCAUGGCAAGGCAUGGGGAGUGGUCCACAAAGACGGUGCUCCAACUGCAGAUGCUCCCAAAAAAAUAAGUGGAGUUCACAAACGCUGCUGGAGAUACAUUCCACAUCUGUCCAAACCUGGAGAUACCCCUCCAACCUUGAUGAAACCAACAGAAAAUGCCCCAAAGGCUAAUGCUGAGCUAGCUUGAUGCAUUGCUUUAAAUUAUAGAUGCUGGUAACUUGAUUUUGCAUUGUUGGCUCAUCCUUUGCAGUCAGUAGGCAUGUUGUUAUUUUCAGAUUUGGUAGGGCUUUACAGUUCAUUUCUCAAUCCACUUGAUCUUUCAUGCACCAACAACUUUGUGCUUUAAACCUACUCAACUUUUACUGGCACGAAGAUAAAUCCAUAGUAAGACCUAGAAGUUUUGUGAA